CUUCUAUAUAACUUGGCCUUAUUGCCCUUCUCUGCUUCUACUUCCUUCUCAUCAGCACACUCUCACACACAUUCUCUCAGUCUUUCCACCAUUCUUGCUUGAGGCAGUCUCUCUUUGAAUCUUUCAAUCAAACAGUUCACUCUUUUCGCUGUUUUAUCCUUCCACUCUUUGGUCAGGUACCUUUACAUACAAUCUUCAGUAAAUCCCAACCCUUAACCUCCCACCACCUUCACCUCAUUCAUUCAAAAUGGUUCAAUUCGGAACUCUCCUCCCCAUCUUGGCUACCCUCCUCGGUGCCGCCAACGCCCACACCCGUGUCUACUCCCUCUGGGUCAACGGUGUUGACCAGGGUGACGGACGGGGCGUCUACGUCCGCUCGCCUCCCAGCAACAGCCCCGUGAAGGAUGUCUCCAGCAGUGAUAUCAUCUGUAACGUCAACAACGUUGCCGUGGCCAAGAGCGUCCCCGCCGCCGCCGGUGACGAGGUCACCUUCGAGUGGUACCACGACACCCGUGCCGACGACAUCAUCGACAGCAGCCACAAGGGCCCCAUAACCGUCUACAUCGCGGACGCGGCCACCAACGGAGCCGGCGCCGUAUGGACCAAGAUCGCCGAGUCUGGACUCGAGGGAGGUGUCUGGGCCGUCGACACCCUGAUCGCCAACGGCGGAAAGCACUCUGUGACUCUCCCGUCCAGCCUGGCUGCCGGUGACUACCUGCUCCGUGCCGAGAUCAUCGCUCUCCACGAGUCCGAGACCAACUACCUCACCAACAGCGCCCGUGGUGCCCAGUUCUACCCGUCGUGCUCGCAGGUCACCGUCAGUUCCAGCGGCUCCGUCACCCCCCCGGGUACCUUCAACUUCAUCGGUGGCUACACCCCCACCGACCCCGGUAUCCUGUUCAACCUGUACAGCAACCCGACCACGUACCCGAUCCCCGGCCCGUCUGUCUGGACCGGUGCGGCCGGCUCCGCGGCCACCACCAAGGUCAGCACCACCGCUGCGGCCACCACCAAGGCCUCCACCAAGGCCAGCACCACCGCCGUGGCCACCUCGACCUACGUCGCGCCCGCCGAGGAGACCACCUCGACCUACGUCGCUCCCGUGACCACCUCGACCUACGUCGCCCCGGUCGCCACCUCGACGACCAAGGCCGUCGCCACCACCAAGGCCAGCACCACCACCUACGUCGCCCCGGUCGUCACCCCCACCACCCUGGCGACUCUGACCAAGACCACCAAGCCCGUGACCACCAAGGCCACCAUCACCAAGGCCACCUCCACCAAGGCCUCCACCACUAGCUACGUCUACCAGACCCCCGCUACCACCCCCACCGUCAAGACCCCCGAGUCCAUCAACAAGUGCCUCGACGAGGUCAACGCUUGCAUCUCGCAGGCGCAGAGCUCCAUCGGAGGUGCCGUCAACUUCCAGCCUUGCGAGGAGCGUCGCACUUCUUGCUACGCUUAAGUAGCUAGCUAGCUGACCAGCCGGUGUUUGUGUUGAGUCUUUGUUUAUCGGCAUUGCAUGUGUGAGAGUGUGAGAGUGUGUGGUUGUGCAUAUUGUAUAGGCGCGUAUAUAGAUAAAGUGUGGUAGUUAGUAAUGGUUGGACUGGUAUUCAUCCGUGAGUUUGUGUUGCAGAAAAUAUUAUGGAAGUCUUUCUAUAAUCUUGUGGUCCCGGUGUGCGAUGAGUGGUGAUUUCCGGUGAAGGUGAUGAAUUGCGCGGCCUUGUAAAAGCUGUCACAGCCUCGGCUCCGAGUGGGUCUCAUAUAGAUAAUGGAUGUGCU